UUAAGGAAACACACAUUCCCUGGCAGUCAUCUGUUUAACUAGCUGUUAACAGGGAGCAGAUCUCUUCUGAAGAAACUACAGCAACUUGUUGCUCGCAAUUGUCCUCUUGUGCAGCUCCGAAUCAGGAAUUCCAAAAGCCACCCAACAGAUAAACAACUGACCUUUCAGCUUACAUUUGUGGAAACGAUGACAGACAAAACCCAAACAGAUUUGGAAGUCCAGAUUAAUAACCAAGGACUUGAUCCAAAGAAAUGGAAGGAAUUGUUAAAGAAAGAGUUUCAAGUUACAUCAGUUGAGGCUCUCCAGCAUUUAAACAAAGACGACUACCAGGAGCUUGAAAAGCAUGCAGGUGCUGACUGGGAAAGACGUGCUUUAGCCAAGCUGGUUAAUGUUGACAUUUCAACAGAUUUGGAAGUCCAGAUUAAAAACCAAGGACUUGAUCCAAAGAAAUGGAAGGAAUUGUUAAAGAAAGAGUUUCAAGUUACAUCAGUUGAGGCUCUCCAGCAUUUAAACAAAGACGACUACCAGAAGCUUGAAAAGCAUGCAGGUGCUGACUGGGAAAGACGUGCUUUAGCCAAGCUGGUUAAUGUUGACAUUUCAACAAAAUCAGAUUUGGAAGUCCAGAUUAAAAACCAAGGACUUGAUCCAAAGAAAUGGAAGGAAUUGUUAAAGAAAGAGUUUCAAGUUACAUCAGUUGAGGCUCUCCAGCAUUUAAACAAAGACGACUACCAGAUGCUUGAAAAGCAUGCAGAAGCUCAAUGGGAAAGACUUGCUUUAGCCAAGCUGGUUAAUGUUGACAUUUCACCAAAAUCAGAUGAAGAUUUGGAAAAGAAGAUCGAAGACUCAGGCCUUGAUACAGAGAAAUGGAAAAACAUAUUGAAAGAGGAGUAUGGAAUCACUUCAUUAGUUUCUCUCCAGUACCUAAAGAAAAGUGACCUCCGCUUACUUCAAAAGAAAACUGAAAAAGAAUGGGAGAAGAGAGCCUUGAGCAGACUGCUAAACACUGAGAUUGCACCAAAGAUGACACAAGAGGAUGAGAAAGGGGCUUUGGAAAUGCGUCAAAAAAUAAGUGACGGACUUGGAAAUGUAACUAAAGAUCUAGAAAGCCAUCUCAAAAGAAUUGGGAGAGAUGAGCUUGGCAAUAACGAUCUAAAAGCAUCUGCUGAUAAAUCCUUGAGCACUUUAACAAAGUUAAUGAAUAAAAUGGACACAUUAAAGUCUAACUCAGUGAAACGAACAGAAUGGACACCGUCUGAUUUAAUUUACAGAGCAUCAGAAGGUGGCGUUUUCAGAGGAAUCUUGUUCAGUAAUGACGUUAAGGAUGAACAAGUCUAUCGAGGUAUUAUCUUGGAUAAACCAGUGGAAUGUUGCUUGCUCGGGCCAUUCUUGAGCAUGCAGGAGAAAUCGUACACCUUUCAGUCUUCAGAACAUGAGAGCUCAUUUGAAAGCAGUCUGCAAACAUGUGGCGCUAGUUAUUCAGCUGAACUCCAUGCAUCCUAUGCAGGAUUCAGUGUGGAGGCUGGUGGAGGAACAGCAAGCAGCUCUACAGAUAGCAACAAGACAAGUCGGGCCAAGGCAGAGUCCUAUGGAUCUGUGAUAAAACAAACAUUCGUGCCCAUGGCUUCAUUUGAAUUCACCCACACACAGUUAAAGCUGUCUGAAGACGCCUUGCAUGUCUUGAAAGAAAUAGAUGAUUUUAUCAGCAGAGACUUGAUUCGUCGACAAAUGGUUGUUUUAUUGCAAAGUCAGGCUAUUAAAUUUCUGCAACGAUUUGGGUCUCAUGUAAAUGGCAGCGUUGUCCAUUUUGGAGGUAUACACUGUGUUAAGGCGUCAUCACAUGAAGUUCAUUCCAAUCAAAAGAAAUCAAAGUUCAAUGAAAUGUCCAGAUCUAUUGAUGCUCAUGUAAAGGCUUCCUUCUCAUUUUAUGGGGGUGGUGGAUUCUCAGCUUCACACAACAAUAGUGAUGCCAGAGAAUCAACAGGAACACAUGAGACCAAUACAAGUGACAUUGAUAUUGCAGUUCAGAUGAUCGGCGGGCCCCAGGAGGCUUGUUCUAUUCCAGAGUGGAAGAGAGGGCUGGAUGAAAACCAGAGCACCUGGAGUGUGAUUGACCGCGGCCAGGCCAGCGAUUUUAUCCCAGUCUGGAACAUCAUUAUGGACAACCACUUCAAGAAUUUCAAUGAUCCAAUGGGACUGGCUUGCAUUCUGAGGGAGUGUUGGGGAGAAAUGGUUGCAAGCCAGGCACGUGGAAAGGGUGCCAGAGUAGAUCAUCCUAAGUGGUGGGAUGAUGAGAGAAUUGAUGAUUUGGUAAAGAAUGGAAAAGAAUGGAAAAGCUUUGAUAUAACUGAUGUAACUCAGUUGUGGGCAGUGAAGAGCUUAGAAAAUCUGUUGAAGAGAAAGAAGUCUUUGACAACAUCAGAAAACUAUGAAGAGCAGGAAUCGCAAAUCAAAGUGAAGUGCGAGAGGCUGAGUAGUCUGAUGGAUGAAUACAUGGAGGAGGAGCAAGCAGAUGAUCUGUGGAAAGCCUUUGGUACUGAAUUAAUCAGCGACAGACCUAAAAAAGAAACAGGUGGACGGAGGGUUGCCCCUCAUAUUAUCGGGGAACUGAAAAGAAUAUACAAGGACAAAGAAGAAGAGGCUCGAAGACAAGAAGCAGCUUGCAGAGAAGAAGAGGCUCGCAGAAAAGAACUGGCUGUCUUAGCAAAAGCAGCCCGCAGAACCAACAAACUGGAAUUGGACGACUUCCUCACCAAGGGACAAUGCAUCUUUUCAACAAAUGGCAAAUACAAGGCUAUUUUUCAGGACGAUGGGAAUUUCGUGGUGUAUGAAUACCGCGAAGGUGUGCCAAUAUGGGCUAGCGACACUUGGGGAAAAUUGAAUGCUGACAAGGUUAUCAUGCAAGGAGACUGCAAUCUGGUGAUGUACGAUACCAAAGGGACUGUCCUGUGGCAAUCCAACACUCGCAUGCCUAACUGCCAAGCCUGUUGCCUGACUAUGCAAGAUGAUGGCAACGUGGUCAUUUACAGAGACAAUAAAGAAAUCUGGUCUGCCAAGCAAAAAUAAUAUUCAAGCAUCUGUUUUGAACAGGUUUGCUGACACCGCUAUGAAACCUCCCACAGAUCAAGCUCUUUGCAUUUAACUCAGUAUGCAGAUAAUAUUGCAUCUGUCCAAGCUAGUACUUGCACCUCCCUUUCUCAACAGAUCUGUCCAAUAAAGUGAAUGUUAUCCAGCUUUAUAAGAACAGCCUCCAAGAUGUCAAAAUCAAAAGCCUAAAUUGAAAGCUUUUUUUAAGAUAAAACUUUCUACUGUAAUCAGUUGUGUAGUUUCUUGCCUAUUUGCUGUAAUGACUACAAUAUAUGUGCAUGAAGUUACUCCAGUAUAACUGCACUGACAUUUUUGCCUUGGAUCUAUCACACCUUUAUGGGCAUUGGAAAAAAAAGCAUUAAUCCUGUAUUGAAUUGUAAGGCAGGAAUUUGUAGUAUUGCUUUACAUAACUAUUAAAGUAUUUAACAAUA